AACGCAACGCACACUUGGGUUGGGUGGCGCAGCCGAGCCGACGCCGCGGCCGAGCGAAUAAACGGAUCCUCCUCUUCACGCCACGUGGAGAUCCUCCUCUUUUUCUCCGGACGCGCUUGUUCGCGAAGCCCCGCCUCCCAUCCGCUCCCGUCCCUUCACCGACCCAACCAGAAGAGAGGCAAGGAAAAAAAAACUCUCGCCCCUCUCCGCCACCGACAUGGCCGCCGCCGCCCCCGCUUCGUCCUCCUCCUCCUCCACCGGUUUCGUCGGCGUCCCCAACACUCUCCCCCUCGACCAGGCGGCGGCGUCAGGUGGUGGCGACCGGGCGGCGGAUUUCGGGGUGUGCGCGAUUUGCCUGGACAAGAUCGCUCUCCAGGAGACGGCCCUUGUGAAGGGAUGCGACCACGCCUACUGCGUUACAUGCAUUCUGAGGUGGGCAUCCUACAAGCAGACCCCUGUAUGCCCACAAUGCAAGCAUCCAUUUGAAUUCCUCAGUGUGCACCGCUCUCUCGAUGGCUGUAUUCAUGACUACCUGUUUGAGGAAAGUGUUUGCCUUCUCCUGAGGGCUGCUUGGUUUGAACCUUUGAUCAUAGAGGCUCAUGAGGAGGUUCUGGAAGAAGAAUUUUACCACCAGUACCAAUAUGACGAUGAUGAAGAUGAUCUUGAUGAGGAAACUUAUUACAUGAGCAGGUCCCAGAGCGUUCGAAUUGGUAACAGGAGGUGGGGUGACAAUGGGUACAUCAGAGGAGGCAGGAGAGAGGCGAGGCCCCGUCAGGCCCAGAAUGACUCUGAUGCUGGUCCAUCCAGCACCCCUAAGAAAACAGAGACAUCGGCAUCGGGGUCAGGGUCAGGGUCAGUAUCCAAGGAUGUCGCAGGAAGGCGGGCAAAAAGGGCUCAGAAGCGACAAGCUGCAGACAAGGCAGCUGCGGAAAAGCACCUGAAGCACCUGCAGAGGUUGGGACUCAGGAAAGCACCUGAAGUGCCUGCAGAGAUUGGGCCUCAAGUGACUGAGUGACUCACCAACAACUGUAGAUAAUGGUGUGCUUUUAAAGAACACUGCAGCCCAUGGGCCACAAAAUAAUCUUCCAUUGUGAAGAACUGGAGCGUGGCCUUGUAUCACGGCAACUUUGCCGCAUUGUACAGUACUUUAGUUUCUCAUUGCUCUUUAGAUCCUGCAUUGAAAAUGCACUGCCGUCUGCGGCACUGCAGCUAUGCUGUUUUAUCUCAUUCUGAUACCUUUUACAUUCGGUUAUAUUAGGGGAUGCAAAUUGCUAUC